ACUAAAAACUAUGCUAAGCUUAAAACCUUUGUCCUAAAACUCUCCUUCUUGUAUUAUAUUUCCUAUCAACAAAGAUUUUGCUUUGUAUAUCCCACAUCCUUCAACCAUUUCCAAAUUACAACUAAAAACCUUAACUAUCAAACUACUUUCAUUUCAACCCCUAAACACUAAAACCUCUUAAACUGUCAUCAUCCUCUAACAGUGGAAUCAGAGCUCAAUUGAUCGUAAGUGGGCAUUAGAGUCUAUAUGGCCACCACAAAUUCAUCACAAUCUAUCUCUGUGCCACUUCCCAUUUUUGAUGGUAGCAACUAUGAUUUGUGGGAAAAAAAAAUGAUGACACUCUUCGAGUCUCAAAAUCUUACGGACAAUAUUGUUGGGAAGGGACUUACGGACAAUAUUGUUGAGAAGGGACUUAAGAAGCCAACAAAUAUCUCUAUUCUAGAAGAAGCACAACAAAAGGAGGUAACAAAACAGAAGGAUGCUAGUGCCCUAUAUUUGAUUCAACAGUCACUAGCGAUUAAAAUUUUUCCUAGGAUUAGUGAAGCUUCAACAGCAAAGCAAGCGUGGGGUACGUUGCGGAAGGAGUUUCGCGGCGAUUCUGAGAUAGCAUUUGAGAUAAAACUGGAAGCACCUUAUAAGGCAGCCAUGAAUGGAGAAUGGCAAAGCAUGAUUGACUUCUAUCGUGAACAUUUCGGAAAAAUCGGCUGUCCAGUUACGCCCUCUAAGGAUACUGGACUUCAUCUAGCUGUGCACAGCAAAAAAGAGCAACCACUUGAAGAUUUACUUGAAAUCAUGAAGAAAAGAUCUUUACCUGAGGCAUUUCUCAAGAGAAAAAACCAAUUUGGAAACACGGCUCUUCACGAGGCAACCAUCUAUGGCAAUUACGAGGCUGUACAGCUCUUGGUAGAACGUUGUCCAGAACUAAUUAGGCAAGCAAAUGAGUUCGGUGAAACCCCAUUGUUUACAGCAGCUGGAUUUGCUACGACAGCAAUAGUGGAGUUUUUAAUCAGAUCCAAACAAGAACAAUGCGUGGAUAAUAAUGGCCUCCUAUUAUCAAUUCACAAAAAGCGAUCGGGAGAUGACCUGUCCAUCCUUAGCGCUGCUAUUAUAGGGAAAAACUUUGAAACAGCUUUACUGUUGCUAGAACUGGAUAAAUCGCUCAUCAGCAUGAAGGACAAACAUCAAAUAUCUACUCUUCAACUUCUAGCCGAAAUGCCAACCGAUUUUGAGAGUGGAUUUCGGUUGGGCAUAUUUGAAAGACUCAUCUACUGGUGCCUUCCUGUUCCACGUCGCCGCGAGGUAAAAUCAAAGGUAAAAUCAAAGGUAGAAAGUUGCCGCCGGGAAAGGAAGGAGGUGGGAGAUCUUGAGAGCGGUCGGGGGAGGAACUCAGGAGAUCUGGGGAGUGACUCGGAGAGGAAUCAAAGAGGAGGCCUACUCAACUAUUUAAGGGUCCUUGAAGGAUGUUGGCUAGAAAGAAUCUGGAACCAGAAAAGAGAGCAUGUAUUUGCUUUGACAUUCGCCGAAAGCCUAAUAAAGAAAGAUGAGUCAUUGAAAAGUUUCACCAUAACAAAGGAAGACCAAAAUAAAGAAGAAGAAGAAGAUGAAGAAGAGCAAGAAAUGUGUGGAAAAAAAAUAAAAAAGGAGAAAAAACUUCUGAAAACACUAGCAAUGCAAAAGAAACUGAUAAAGCAGAAACUUCUGAAAUCACUAGCAAUGCAAAAGACAAUGAAAGAGCACAAACUUCUGUAUCUGUAUUGUCAUCAUUAACAACUAAAAAGGAGAUCCCAUUGUUUACUGCAACUAGAAGGGGAAUACAAGAGAUUGUGGAGCUGAUAAUAAAACUACAUCCUCAUGCUAUUGACCAGCGCGAUGAAAUGAAUCGGAGCAUUUUGGAUGUGGCCGUCAUGUAUCGCCAGAAAAAGAUCUUUGAUAAUGUGAAGGAAAAGAAUUUACCAAUGGCUAGAAUGCGUCAAGGUGUUGAUAAAAGCGGAAACACAUUGUUGCACCAUGUUGCAGAUAUGAAUAAAAACAGUGGAGUAACCAAGCCUGGGCCUGCACUCCAACUUCAGGAGGAGUUGAAAUGGUUUGAGCGAGUGCAAGACGUAAUUCCUUCUUAUUAUGUCCCGCUUCUGAACAAAGAUGGAAUGACUGCAAGGGAGUGCUUCGAAAUAGCCCACGAGAAGCAACUGGAAAAGGCACAAACAUGGAUCAAGGAAACAUCUCAGUCAUGUUCCACUGUAGCUGCACUUGUUGCAACUGUUGUCUUUGCUGCCGCCUAUACUGUGCCCGGAGGUUCUGAUGAAAAAGGCAAGCCAAACUUCAUCAACUCUCCCUAUUUUCUGAUUUUCACUGUCUCUGAUGUUGUCUCCUUAGCAAGCUCCUUGACUUCGCUUGUGGUGUUUCUCUCUUUGCUGACCUCUCCAUUUGAGCUACAAGAAUUCCACAUCUCUCUUCCUCGAAAACUUGUUGUUGGCUUCUCCUUCCUCUUCUUUUCUGUGUUAACGACCAUGCUAUCCUUUGGGGCAACAAUUUUGAUACUCAUUCAGACAGAGAGGAAGUUGACAACAUUACUCCUUUCCAUUGCUUCAUUCCUUCCUGUCUUAAUAUUUGCAAUACUGCAAUUCCGUCUGUACGUCUCCUUUAUGGGCUCUACAUUCAAAAACUGGAUAGCUCAUCUAUCGUUUCCUGGCCCUUGCCUACAAUGGAAGAAAAAGCUCGGUCCCAAGAAGAAG